CCUUCUGAGAGUGGGGAGGUUCUCGGAGGCGAGCGCUUGGCCGGAAGUGCGCCUAUGUUUUUUCCGGCGGUUGCUUCCGCCAUGGCAGAGAGGGUCGGGCCGGCGCUGGUGGACGUGCCGCCUCACGAGUGCCCCGGCACCGGCAGCGACCAGGCGGGCAAGGCCGCCGCCUGCCAGGGAUGCCCCAACCAGGGCUUGUGUUCCUCGGCCCAGCCCGCCGGCCCCGAUCCAGCUAUCGAAGAAAUCAAGGAGAAAAUGAAAACUGUGAAGCACAAGAUCCUGGUGUUGUCUGGGAAAGGAGGAGUUGGCAAGAGCACCUUCAGCGCACACUUGGCACAUGGCUUAGCAGAGGAUGAAAACAAGCAGGUUGCUGUCCUAGACAUUGACAUUUGUGGACCAUCCAUUCCAAAAAUAAUGGGUCUAGAGGGAGAGCAGGUUCACCAAAGUGGAUCUGGAUGGUCUCCAGUGUACGUUGAGGAAAAUUUAGGUGUGAUGUCAGUGGGAUUCUUGCUCAGCAGCCCCGAUGAUGCUGUUAUUUGGAGAGGACCCAAAAAGAAUGGAAUGAUUAAGCAGUUUCUCCGGGAUGUGGACUGGGGAGAAAUUGAUUACCUGAUUGUAGAUACGCCUCCAGGGACCUCAGAUGAGCACUUGUCCAUAGUGCAGUAUCUCGGUGCUACCUGUAUAGAUGGGGCGGUAAUCAUCACCACUCCCCAGGAAGUGGCACUUCAGGAUGUUCGAAAAGAGAUAAAUUUCUGCCGCAAGGUGAAGCUUCCAGUCAUUGGAGUAGUUGAAAAUAUGAGUGGUUUUGUGUGUCCGAAAUGCAAGAAGGAGUCUCAGAUAUUCCCACCAACCACAGGAGGCGCAGAGAUGAUGUGCCUCACUUUAAAUGUACCUCUCCUGGGGAAAGUGCCUCUGGACCCUCAAAUAGGAAAAAGCUGUGACACAGGACAGUCAUUCUUUUCAGAGAUACCAAAUUCUCCAGCUACAUUAUCCUACAGGGAUAUCAUCCAAAGAAUCCAAAACUACUGUAGUCAUGACCGCCCUCAGGAAGAACGAAAACCUUAAAGAACCAGCAUAGGAAUGUAUACAUAGGAAUAAUACAAAGUCUUAUUUUGCAAAUAAAUGUUUUUCACUACCAAGUGUGAGUUUGA